AUGGCUUCCGCAAAUGCGGAUGUGGUCGUUUUGUCGGUGAAGGUUGCUAAGCAGCGCAAGCCUCGUCCAACGCGGCUGCCGAAGGAAAGCAGAAGCGACUAUUCUGCUGAAAGCCAGGAGCUAGCCGGACCUCGGAAAGUAAAGCAAGAAGUGACGAAGGAGAUGGAGGUAAAGGAUGAAGUCAAGGAAGAGUCGGAGGAGCAAGAAAGCCACACGGGGAAGGCAGCUGAGACCAAGCUGGAGCUGAAGGAUAUGAAGAGAGAAGUGAAGGAGGAAGCUUCGAUGAAUGUGCAGAAGCAGGUAAAGACAGAGAUCAAACACGAGUCACCCAAUGAUAUCAAGGUGGAAGUAAAGGAGGAGACGACACGAAAGGAUAUCAAGCAGGAGGUGAAGGAGGAGAUUCCGAAAGAUACAGACAUGGAAGUGAAGCAAGAGAGCGACGAGGUCGUCAGCUGUCGCCGAAGAAUGCGCACAAAGGUCAAGACUGAGAUCAAGCGUGAAGUGAAGCAGGAGGACCCCUGCUUGUGGACCUGUCUGCCCGGCGUAAAGCAGGAGAAAGUGGAUGAGGAGCAGCAGGUGCAAGUCAAGCAAGAGAACUUCGAGCAGCCUGGGCCGAAGAGGCGUCGAUUGAGCCAGAAGAGUCCUGACGUUUCCGUUCCAUCCUUCGGGUCGCGAUUGACAGAGUGGGCCGAGAAAUGCCUAGCAUUUCAAUCCUCUGGCAAGACGUGGCUGCCCACGAAGCCCUGCUGCCCGGCCAGCCCCUUUCUCGGAUUAGCAGGCGCUCCGUGGCAAGGAUGUGUAAGAGACAAAGCAACAGCAUGCGUGCAGCUCCUCGGCAAAGAGCAGUUCAGAGAGUUGCGCGACUUCUACCGCGAGAAUCCACACCAUGCUCUCUUCCAUGACAGCAGUGACCCAAACAGCGAGCGACAGACAGAGCCUACUGCUGGAUCCAGGCCAAAGGCCGACAGGAGCUCAACCGGCAAUCAGCACCGAGCAGCUGAGUGCAUGAAGAUGUGGCCUUGGAUGCGGGACCUUCCGACGCGAGCUUGGGCCGGCAAUGGCUGGCUGCUCGUGGAGGACGGCAUGAUGAAGCUCUCGCCGACCGGAGGAGGCUCAGCCAUGCAGGGCCUCGAGAUCUUCGAGUCCGUGGGCUCCGUCCCGGAGCCCGGCGAGCCGAAGCCCGUGGAGUCGACGAGCCCGGAGCCGGGAGCUCAGGUCGUCACGAGGAGCUUCCGCGGCCUGGAGCGCCAGAGCGGCGUGCAGGGAAUUUAUUGGGACACAAAGACGGCGAGCUGGCGGGUUUCUUGGCAAGUAUCAGGCAAGCAGAAGAGGCUCAACUUCCCCAUCUCCAAGCACAUGAAGCUCGGCCUCAGCGAAGGCGAAGCCUCGGAGGCGGCCCUCGAGGAGGCCAAGGCUUUCCGCGAGGAGCUCGUGCGCCUCGGCAAGCUGAAGCCACCGAAACCCAUCACGGGGAAGGCCUCUGGCUCCACGGUGAGGGGCAUCAAGUACAACAAGAAGGAUGGAACUUUUCGGGUUCAAAUGACAAACCCUUCCACCAGGAAGCUGGUCCAUGGUGGCAUGUUCAAGGUGAAGGAGGAGGCGGAGGCCAGGGCCCGAGACCUGGCCAAGGAGUUGGGGGUUGAAUCCGAGGGCGGAGUGGUGCCCGUGAAGCCGCUCUCGGAGCUCCCGAAUUUCGAGCCGCUCGGGCCACAGCCAGGGAUUAGGUGGAACCGUGGGGAGCAGGCGUGGCAUGCGUGCUGCGUGGUUGGAGGCAAGACACGCAACAUGAGGUUCCGCCCGAAGGACUUCUCGCCGAAGGAGGUGGAGAAGGCCUGGAAGCAAGCGGUGGCCUGGCGCAAGCAGCAGGAGAAGGAGAGAGAGCGGGCCGAGAAGCCCCGGAAGCGCUGA